UUGUCGUUCCUUCCCAGUCGCUCAACUUGGCUGUCCAUGAGUUCAAGAUUUCCCAGCUCGUGGGGCGGGGCUUGUUAGCGCAGCACUGCUUACCUUGGGUCAGAGCGCGCUCUGUGCCCGUGCCGCUGUUUUCGAGCGUUUCUGGCUUUGACUCAUGAGCAUUACCGCUAUUUGUUGUGCUACCCUCCUUGUUAACUCCGACAGUAGGCAAUGGAAGCAUUCAGCGAAAUUCUGUCUCAGUAUCCUCAAAUAAUGUAUGGGGGAGCCGGAGCUACGGCGUGUGUUUUUGGAACCUUGAUUUAUAAAAUUGCAACGAGAAAGAAACCGUCGCACGUCAACGUGAACUGCUGGUUUUGCAACCAGGACACGGUGGUUCCUUACGGGAACAGGAACUGCUGGGACUGCCCCAACUGCGAGCAGUACAACGGAUUCCAGGAGAACGGCGACUACAACAAGCCAAUCCCGGCCCAGUACUCAGAGCACCUGAACCACGGCGUCUCGCCGGGCUUUUCGCUGCACGAGUCGCCACGGAGACCGCAGUGGGCCAACUGCCCGACGCUGCUCUGCAAGAAGUGCAACAACAGCCAGACGCUGAAGAUCCGGCAGCUGUCCUCCUUCAUGCCCCGCGACGACGACAAGUACGACGAGGAGAUCGAGGUGUACCGGCACCACCUGGAGCAGACGUACAAGCUGUGCCGGCCGUGCCAGGCGACGGUGGAGUACUACAUCAAGCACCAGAACCGCCAGCUGCGCGCCGUGCUCUUCAACCCCCAGCUCCGGCGCGGCCGCGACACGGAGAAGGCCUUCGUCAAGAACACGUUCUCCUUCUCCACACCCGUCCGAGUGAUACUGUUCCGGCUGCUGGCGUUCCUCACCUCCGCUUUUAUGGUCGCGGUGGGCGUGUACGGGUCGACCAGAGGCCCCCCUGCUUCCAGCAGCGCCCCGCAGCCCCACGGAGACGGGGCGGGCGGUUCCGGCUCCGCCCCCUACAACGACACUGCCCCGCCCCUCGGAAACGCCAGCGGCGUUGGGGGCGGCGGCGGCGUUGUUGGGCCGGCCUGGGAUGACCUGCUGGCCCUGGUGCCGGAUGAGGUCCUGGAGAACGCCAGGCUGGUGCUCCUGUUCGGCAGGGCCCACCAGACGGGCGUGGUCUCCCUGGGGCUGCUCACCUGCGUCACCAGCAUCCUCCUGGCUGGACCUGUCAGGUUGAGGCGAAUCGACGCUGUGGCCUCUAUGCUCUGGUUCCUGCUGUUGACGCUGUACCUGCUGGAGAGUUACCUGAAGACGGAUUUCGCUGGCUGGCUGGAGACGGUCAAGUUCAGCACCUCGUCCGUUUGCUGUCUGGUCGGAUUCGCUGCUGCCGUGGCAACCCGCAGAUCCUCGGGCCAGAGAAGAGCAAGGGGUCGAAGGUAUCUCUCCGGCAGCUCCCUCGGCUCCUUCUACGGUGGCCAGGCGCCCCCCCCGCUGUCCCCCUCCCUGUCGGACCCCUCGGCGUUCGCCCCCACGCCGCCCCCGAACCUGUCGCACCUCCUCAGCCGGCAGCUGAACCACCGAGCCCGCAAGCCCUCGCCCUGCUCCCUGCCGGGGCGCCUGAACCGGGCCCUGUCCCUGGGGACCAUCCCCUCCCUCGCCCGCACAGAUUCGGGGUACCUGUUUAGUGGAAGCCGGCCGUCCUCACAGUGUAAAGACUCCCCGCCGUCAGACUACUUCUCCCUGAAGUCGGUGAGCCGGCCCUCCUCCCCCGGCCCCUCCCCCGCCCCCUCGGUGGCGGGCUCGGUCACGUCCACCUCCAGUUCGGCCCGGCAGCGCCGGCCCCUCAUAAGCCCCGCCCGCCUGCAGCUGGGCGGCCGCAAGCUGCAGCUCUUCCCCUCCCACCCGGACCCGCCGGUGCUGGCUCCGCCCCCCUGUCCCUCGGAGCAUACCAACUUCUACACGGCGGGGGUGCACCCUCCCGAGGGCUCCCCGUUCUCGUCUCCCAACCACGAUCUGAGCUCACUGCUGGAGGACAGCAGCGUGUUCGAGGACGUGGCGGAGGAGAAGAAAAGGGGAAGCACGUCAACGUCCUCGGCCUGCCUGGUGGACACCACCACAGGGGCCGGUGUGGAGGGCCCAAAAUGGAAGGGUGUGUUGGGGUGGUCUCUCUGGCCUGGGCUGCUGUGCGUUAGCCUCUCGGCUAACCUCAUCUUCGGCGCCCUGUACACGUACGGCACCUGGAGCUGAGCCGUGUGCACAAGAGACACUCUCCUUGUCCUCUCUGCCACUCAAAACCCCCUGGUCCAAUCGCAUCUGGGCACACUACGGGGGGGGGGAGGGGCUUACCGCCUCCGUCUGCGGGUGGAGGUUUUGUUUUGUUUCUCCGGUCGCUCAGGCGUGACCGGGCUGAACGGACUGAGCCCUCUUUUCAUCUAAAGACGCCCAUCACGGUUUUGAUGUUCUGCAUUUUAUACAGAGGGGAACGACUGCAGCAAGUCCUACCAAGUUUGAAACAUUGAUGAAAUACACUGGCAGUGGUGCUGUAACUUAGUUUUUUUUUUUUUUUUUUUUUUUUUUUUUUUGGGUCGACGAUGCUGCUGUUUUAGUGUCCGUGUUAACUGGGGGGGGAAUCUCUUGUUUUGGAAAAUGUACCAAAAAUGGGAAACCUUUCUUUUCUUCAGAUAUCCAUGAAUGUGACAGAGCCGGCCGCUUUGUGUCUGCCGCAGUGUGUUCGGCUCCGGUACAUUUCUAUCUCUUACAACAUUGACGUGAAAGACGGGCCGUUUGUGUGUUGCGGUGUGAAUAGUCGUUCUGUGAGCGUGCGCACAAAGUUUCGUUUGGCUUAAAUGUACAGGUGUGUUGUCUCUUAAGCGGGUGUUUGAUUUUCAAGAGGUUAAGCACAUAUUUAUGAUACAAGUUUCGAGGUAUUGCACAACUUUUCCAGGAGGGUGGGCUGGUCAGUCUGCUGAUUGUUUUCGUUGAAAAAACGUACUGGAUUAAAAAAAAAAAACAAACAUACAAACAUGAAAAGCUGUGCUGUCUUAAUCCAGAAAACAUUGCAUUACACAUUGAAAACUUUCAUUACACAUUCCACAACCUCACUCGGUUCUGCCAUCACUGUUCAGGUUAUUGGCAGGGAAUGUUAGUGUUUUUAUGGUUAUUUUGGUUUAUUACUUUAAAAGUGGUUUCUUAAAUGUUCUAGCAGAGCAGACGUUUUGUUGUCUUUUACACAUGGAGAGAAUACAAAGUUAGGAUGUCCCUGGCAUAAUUUGAAUCUUGCGCUCUGCAAAAUAUCAAGCUUUAUAUCAAUUGUCACGUUUCCUCCUGCAAGGUAAAACAAAAGAAAAGGGUAUUGCAUUAUCACGUGCUGCAUGCCAUGCUUAUUUAAAGCAGAACUCGAACCACACACACUUCCCUCGGAUCGCGGAGGUGCUGAACCAUCGUGCCAUGGCUGCUGCGUGUACGUAGCUGUUUUUGUCUUGAGUGUUCGCUCUUUAACAGCCGUUUGUCACACCGUGCGAGGCAUGACCGUAAACUCAAGUCUCAACGCGCGCAAAAACCGCAUGUUUCUUAGGGCGGGGCGGAAGUGGUGUUCCUCACGGACAGCCGGGCCACUUCCGCCCUAAUGAAUGCUCCUGAGAGUGAGAAGAGAGGCAUUUUAAGGAUCGGGCUAGCACCUUAGCAUUUUUUGUGCGACUUGGUUGGGAGGAGAGCCGUGGAUGUUAGCGAGGUGGUGAAGGGCACGCGGUGCUGCAGGAUUAUGCGUUUAUUACGUCAUUUUAUCCAGAGGAACUGGGACUUCUUGACAGGAGAGAAAGGACACUGACUUCUUAAAUGGCUCAGAUUUACUUGGCGGUUCUUUGACUGCAAGUGUGGCCUUCCAAAGUCCUGCGCCAUGUUACCAUCUGACUACGUCCAUAUUUUCACGAUGGAUUGUCCUGUACAACAGGCGGAUUGCAUGAGCUUGUUCAGAAAUACGGAAUCGCCGUUUUUGCUUUUUAAAAAUGCAGAUGUUUACGCAUUUUGUACCAUUCUAACGAAGUUAAUGUUUUUUUUUUUUUUUUUUUUUUUUUCCAUUUGUGUCAGAGAUGAUGUAUUAAUUGGCUCCUUAAUGCGACUUAAAAUUCUCAUAAAGGAAAGAGGGAAAUAACCCAGUUAUUCUGGCGAUCCUCUGCCAGAAGAAUGAGUCUUGUUGUCCUGGCAGUACAUGUAGGUGCUUAUGGGAGAUUCUAGCGACAUUAUUGAAGUGGAGUGUGUUGUUCAGACAUCAGUUGUUUGGGGGGUUUUUUUUGUUUGUUUUUUUUUUUUUUAAUAAAGAUUUUGUGACUUGCUUGUUAGUGACAAGAGCUGUUCAUAAGUUAGGCUAAGAAAAAAAAAAAAAAGAUCAACCUAACAAUUAUGUUCAAAAUCCCAUGAAUGAAAAAUGCAUUGAAUGGUCAGCAUAUAUGGCACAAAGGAACAAUAAGAUACUUUUGACUAAAACUUUUUUUUUUUUUAACAGAAACAAACCAUUUUUAUCGACGCUCCGUUUGUUGUAUCUGGGUUUAGAUUGAAUCUCAUGGAAUGUGACUGAAGCACUUUGGUACUUUUACAGGUAUGCUGCCUCCUGCAUUUAAAGUGGUGCUGGAGUCAAAAUGUCAGCUGAUAUUCAUCAUAUCUGGUGUAUAGAAAAAAAUAAUGUUCAUUUAAUGUCUGUUCAUAAUGUCUUACUGUAUCCCAAACCUUAGAGGCACUGAAGCUUUAAUGUGUUGUUUUCUGUUGGAGAGGAAAAAAGUAUUUAUUGUUUAGUAUUUUAGAUUCAGACCUUAAAGUGGGCUUGGGGAUACUACUGCUGUAAUUAUAGCAAAUUAUAUUAAGGAAAGUAUUUUCCUACACAUGCCAGCCUGGUAUCUUGACAGUGUGUGUGUUGCAUAUCUUUUAUAUUUAAAAAUGAUCUUGUGUGCCCACUCCCUUGUCCUGAAUACAUUGGCAACAAUUGUACAUUAUUUCUGUAUUGUAACCCAAUUUUUACGGAGUGGUUUUUGAAUCAGUUGAAAGAAAUUGCCUUGCUUUAACUUUCAGUGGAAGUGGCCUACAUUGGACUCAGGCCUGAAAUCGUCAGGUCCAGAAUCCUUCAUUCUGUUCGCCAUUUCAAACUGCUGAACUUUAAAAUACAGUUAAUACAGUUGUUAGCCUUGUUGAUCUGGGUGUAUCACUCACAACAUUUUUUUCCUUGUAAGUCUGAGCAUGUCUUUGCUAAUUAAAUAUGUUUUACGCAGUAUUUUUGUCUUUUUUUUAAGGAUGUUUUUUUAAAAUGCAGAUUGUUUGUACAUGUGUGAGUGCAUAAAUCUGUACUAUUGUUGAUAAAGUACAAACUGUCUUGAA